GGGACCGUUCCGCUCUGGUAGCUGCUUGGAGGCUAUUGUUUUCUCGGGUCAAGAUUCCCAAUUUCUAGAUUUCUUUACUCUCUCUUUUUCCAUUGAACAUUCUUCGCGGGUUUCUUCUUUUCUUUCUGAAAUAUAUUUAUACAGGAUCUAAUCCAGACUAGCCUUCCUAGACCCAUUCUCGUGGGAAGCUUAACCAACACGCUACAAGGACAGACCCUGGUAUAACGACUCAGUCUAGCUCGACCACGCGUACAGCACUAAGAAUAACUCCUUAACGAUACUGGUCGCAGGUUGUGGUCACUCUUGCCUCCGCCCUGAUUACAACCAGUACAGUACUUUGCUUCAAAGUCCCCCUAAUAGAACAAAAGGGUCUCACUCUUUGCCCCGUCUGUCAUCUUCUCAUGUUGCCUUGAGAUUCAAGGUGAAGUCAUCACUGGGGAAGCUACCGUACCGCCGCCAUGACUGUCAACAAUGGCUCACCUCAAUACCACUACAUGUCUCUGGAUGGACAACAAAGUUUUUUCGAUCAAUAUGGGUGCCGCGCAGUGCUCGUCUGGCUGUCGAGUCGGAUGUUCCGCAGCGGCCACAAGCUGUAUCUUCAGGUGAUCGCCUGUAUAGCUGCGGUUCUCCUCCUCACGCACUCUCUACCGCAACGCGCCUCCGAUGUUGCCUUGGGCCGGGGAUAUAGUGAGUGGAUCGGCUGGGCUAGCGGCAAGGCGAGUGAUGUUGUCAGCGAUUCGAGCGAGGCUGCAGGCCUGAGGGUUGUUGUAUUUGGAGCAAGUGAUAUAACCACCCUUCCCGAUACCAAGAAGGGUGACAUGGCAUGGCCAGAGGUCAUGUGCGAAGAGUUGGAAUGUACGACAUAUAUCUCGUUGGUACCGAAACCACCGACACGGUCACUAUGCUCCAACAGCCUUUACGCCACUGCAGUGGACAAGGCUGUAAGGGAUUCGCCCAAAGACAAGACCUCCUCACCAGGCCGCGAUUACUCGUGGUAUCCGGAUCACUUCCCCGUGCCAUGGCAUGUCCCUGAUUUCGGCAUGCAGGUAUCUGAAUUCCUCUCUCGACCAAAGCCAAGCAAAUCUCCAAAGGAGACGAUCUGGGUCUUUAACUUUGGCCACUGGGAUGUUUGGAAUCUGGCGGCCCUACCCCUCACAACCGGCCAGUUUGCGGUCGACGACAUGGUCAAGGAUGCCAUCGCAAACAUUGAGAAGCUUUUCAAAGCCUCGUCUAACGAGAGUUCCAUCGCAUACUCCAACUUCCGAGCUCGGGACGACGCCUCUCGACCAGACUACCUCCCCAAGUUGCGGCAGCCUGCUGUCACAGUUGGCGACGGCGCUCGGGCUGUUCCCGACCAGCAGAUUGCCGAGCCGUUCCGCAUCAUUGUUCCCAUGAUUUUCGACGCAACUCUAACGCCCGGGUGGAAGACUGAGAGGCCCAAUCUGCCAUCUGCGCACUCCAAGGCCGAACAAAUGCGAAACGCCGCAACCUUGACGGAGCGCUGGAACAACAGGCUCCAGAACGCCAUCGAGGAAUGGGUGAGGACCAGUGAUCGGGAGGCAGCGCAACAGGCGGAAGAGCGGGAGAACGCAGCAGCACCCAAACCGACGACAACAGCUCAGCCCAAUGCUGACCCGGCUACACCAGCGACUUCCGUGCCUCCUUCGGCUGUGCCUCUUGUUCGGGAUGCAAUAAUCUACGAUUUACAAGAGUACGUGACCGAGAUGAUUGCGGAGCGUCAACUCCGCGACCACGGCUAUGUCGACCAGAACGGUGUCGGAGGGCGCCCAGAAGAAAAGAUGUUCCGCGAGGUUGCCUCUCCGUGCGUCAAUGCGACUGAGAAAAAGCCCAAGACCGUCAAAACUUCAUUAGCAGUGCCCAAAGAUGGCAAAGACGAGAAGAAGCCGACCAGCAGACGACGUUCGAUGCGGGUGGGCAGGGACGUAGCCAACGAUCAGGACGAUGAGCUUUCCCAGUCCGGUGGCGUGUGCGAAGAUCCCAGCCAGCAUUUAUUCUACAACUCGCUAACCCUCUCAUCUCGUGCCAUCGACGAAAUUGGCAAGGAGACGGCCGAAUUGGUCGUAGCAAAUAUGACGCUACGGGGAUUUUGGUCGAAUCCCUCAUGAGAGCCUGAAAUAACGCAUAAUUUCCUUGAGUUCUUUUUUUAUAUUAGGCCAUCUGUUUUGUUCACGGUGGAUUAUGGAGCAUACAUAUCGACGAAGAGAUCCCAGGUCUCUUGUCGACAAUCAAAGCGACUGUGUGAGAACUCUUCUAUAUAUGGGUUUGGCGUUUUAGGGGAAAUUUGGGACCUGGAUCACAGGAUUUUUUUUUUUUUUUUUUUUCUCUUUUGUCUUUUUGUCAGUCUCAGGUUUGGGCUUAGAUCAAUUGGAUUCUUGACGGGCGUAUCACUGGCGGAGUUUGGGGUUAUUACGGGAUUCUACUGCACCGGUUUGUGCUUGUGCCCCGAGUGUGCAGGGCUAUUUUUGUACAUAGG